AUGGGCUCCCGCUUCUGGCAGCGCUACCGCGGCAGCCCGCUGCUAGCAGACCUGGCUGACAGGGCUGCUUACUUCACCAAGGCAGUGGCCGCCAUCUACAUAGUGCGGGAGAACCUCAUCGAAUUCACUGUGUGCGUGGGCCCCAGCAUGAUGCCCACCUUCAACCCGCGCGGCGACAUCGCCCUGCUGGAGCAUGUGUCGGUGUGGAGCGGCCGGGUGGCGGUGGGCGACGUUGUGCUGGCCCGCAGCAUGCAGAACCCGCGCCACAUGGUGUGCAAGCGGGUGCUGGGCCUGGAGGGCGACACAGUGUAUGUGCCCAGCAGCACAAAGCUGGGCCUGGGGAGGACAGUGAUGGUGCCUCGCGGGCAUGUGUGGCUGCAGGGAGACAACUUUAACAAUUCCACCGAUUCGCGGCACUAUGGGCCGGUGCCGUAUGCGCUGCUGCGGGGCAGGGUCUUCCUCAAGUAUGCCGGGCUACCGCCGGAGCAGCAGCAACAGGUCGAUGCCUUUGUUGACAUCCUGCUGGACUGGAAUCAACGCAUGAAUCUGACUGCCAUCAAAGACCGGGGCGAGUGUUAUGAGCGGCACGUGAACGACAGCCUGGCGCUGCUGCCUGCACUGGACCGCUGCCUGGCGGCCCAGCAGCAGUCGCAGCAGCGGCACCCUCCAACCCACCCGCAGCCGCCGCCGCCGCCGCCGCCGCCGCCGCCGCAGCAGCCGCAGCAGCCCGCGUCGCAGGAGCAGCAGUGGGAGCGCGGCGGCAGCCUUCCCAGCAGCAGCAGCCAACGGCCAGGCACUCCGCAGCCACAAGAAGCUGCAGCAGGGGUGGCGGCGGGGCCCAGGCUGAUUGAUGUAGGGUCCGGCGCGGGGCUGCCAGGCAUCAUUCUUGCCAUCGCCCGGCCAGACUGGGAGGUCACCUUGCUGGACUCGCUCCAGAAGCGGUGCAGGUUUGCAGAGGCGGCGGUAGAGGCGGCGGGACUGGCCAAUGUGCGUGUGCACUGGGGGCGCGCCGAGGAAGCAGGUCAGGACCCUGCGCUGCGACAGCAGCAUGACGUCGCCAUUGCCCGUGCCGUCGCUGAGCUGCGGGUGCUGGCGGAGCUCUGCCUGCCGCUGGUGCGCCCAGGCGGGCACUGGGUGGCUGCCAAGGGCGCGGCGCCGCAGGACGAGGUGGCGGCGGCGGCUGGGGCGAUCGGCAAGAUGGGUGGCAAGCUGCUGGGGGUGGAGGAAGUGGACUCAGAGAGCCCCGAGGGGCGACGCACAGCGAUAGUAGUGCUCAAAGCGCGGCAGACGCCAGCCCACAGAGAUAGCUUGGACGAGGAGCAGCUGGAAGGUCUGCUUCCGCAGGGCCAUCAGAAUGGCAGACCAUCAGCAGCAGCAGGCAGCCGCGACACGGCGGCGGCGGCGGCGGCGGCAUCACCCUUAGCACCACCGCAGUGUGCGGUGGAUGUGCCCGCAUGCGGGGAGGCCUGGCAGGCGCGGCAGCUGAGCAUCAAGGAGCUGCAGAAGCUGACUGAGUUGCACAUAGAAGAUGCCUACCGAUGCGGCGUGGUGGAGUUAGAGCAGCGCGCCCAGCGGUACGGCUGCAACAGCGUGCGGCCGCCCAGGGAGGUCACCUUUCUGGAGCUGGUUCAAGAGGCGCUGCAGGACUUUACCAUCCUGGUGCUGCUGGGCGCGGGCUGCCUGUCGCUGGGGCUGGAGGUGCUGGUGAACCAGCACAGCGGCGGCGAGAGCAGCUGGAUAGAGGGCGCAUCCAUCCUGGCGGCAGUGGCGCUGGUGGUGCUGGUCACUGCGGUGAACAACUACCAGAAGGAGCGCCAGUUCCGCAUGCUGCAGGCGGUGUCAGCAGAUGUCAAGGUGCGCGCCAUCCGUCACGGCCGCGAGCAGGCGCUGCCUGUGGCGGAGGUGGUGGUGGGUGACUUGGUGCUGGUGGAGACUGGAGACAUCCUGUGCACCGACGGCGUGCUGGUGGCCGGCUGCGACGUCAAGGUGGAUGAGUCGCACCUGACGGGCGAGUCUGAUGAUGUGGCCAAAGACCCGCUGGCCCGCCCCUCCCUGCUGGGCGGCAGCAAGGUGCUCAGCGGCUUUGGGCGCAUGCUGGUCACGGCAGUAGGGCCCCACUCCCAGUCUGGCGCCAUCGCCGAGAUGGUGGCUGAUGGCAAGGCGGCGGCCGCGGCGGCACCGCCAGGCGCCGGCGACGGCCUGCGCGAGGAGACGCUGCUGCAGCGCAAGCUAGCCGAGUAUGCCACCUCCAUAGGCCGCUUUGGGUUGGGCGCGGCGGCGGUGGCGUGGGCGGCCAUGACGGCGCGGUUCAGCGUGGAGACGUUUGUGCUGCAGCAGCAGGCCUGGGACUGGGCCUUCCUGCAAGACUACCUGCGCUUCUUCAUCACAGGCGUCACCAUCCUGGUGGUGGCGGUGCCCGAGGGCCUGCCGCUGGCGGUGACGCUGGCGCUCGCCUUUAGCGUGCGCCGCAUGCUGGCUGACCAUAACCUGGUGCGCCACCUCAGCGCGGCAGAGACCAUGGGCACCGCCACUGUGGUGUGCAGCGACAAGACAGGCACGCUCACCCAGAAUGACAUGGUUGUGAGCAAGCUGUGGCUGGCGGGGCACCUGCUGCCCGACCUCAAGCCCUACACGCGGCACGAGCGACGCCCCGAGGCCCAGCAGCAGCGCUGGCUGGGCGCCGCCUCCGGCAGCAGCGGCAGCAGCGGCGCCGGUUGCGCCAGCGCCAGCAGCGGCAGCGGCGCCGGAAGCGGCAGCGCUGACCUGCCGCCGCUGGCAGAGCUGCUGCUCAGCCGCGACAGCGUGGCGUCUUUAGGCGGCGCCGGCAGUGGUAGCAGCGGCAGCCUGGGAGGCGAGGAGGCGUCGCCCGUCUCCAGCCGCGCCUCUAUCCUGGACAGCAUCACUGCAGGCAGCUCCACGCCUACAGACAUCGUGCAGCUGCUGGUGGAAAGCGUGGCCCUCAACAGCACCGCCAACAUCAUCCGGGAGGACGACGGCACCACCCGCAGCAUCGGCAACCGGACUGAGGUGGCGCUGCUGGAGCUCGGGGUGCUUCUGGGCGGGCGGCCGCGCGCGCUGCGCCGCCAGCAGCGCCAGCUGGCGCAGGUGUCGUUCAGCAGCGAGCGCAAGCGCAUGACCACCGCCUGCCUGCCGCCGGGCACACGCCCCCACCCCGACGGCUCCGCGCUGUGCCGCAUCUACACUAAGGGCGCCUCGGAGAUUGUGCUGGAGCGGUGCUCGUAUGUGCUGGCGCCUGACGGCACGCGGCGGCGGCUGGGCGAUGAGGAGAAGGCGGCGCUGCUGGGCGACUUCACGCAGGGGGGGCAGCGCGUGCUGUGCCUGGCAUACCGCGACAUCACCCUGCCGCCAGAGGUGCUGUCCCCGCCCGGCUCCUCGAUACGAGUCACCUCCGAGGGCAGCAGCAGCAGCGAGGAGGGCGGCGGCGCGGGGCGCGGCGCCAUGGGCGGCGACCCUCACGGCUGGCUGUGGGAUACUGCCAGCAGCCUGAAUGCCCGCGGCACCAGCAGCGGCAGCGACGACGAUGCGGCGCCCUGGGACGGCAAGCUGUGCCUGGCAGACAACCUGGAGAGCAACCUCACGCUGCUGGCGCUGGUGGGAAUUGAGGACCCGCUCCGCGAGGAGGUGCCUGCCGCCAUCCUGCAGUGCCAGGCCUCGGGCAUCACGGUCAAGAUGCUGACAGGCGACAACGUGGGCACCGCCACUGCGAUCGCCCAGGAGUGCGGCAUCCUGCCGCCCGCGGGCGCCAGCCUGGAGGACUGGUCGGCGGCGCACGCCGCCGCCAAGGACGCCACCCGCGCCGGCGUGGGCUGGUUCCGCGACGACCCCUCCUCCAGCAUUGUGUCGCCCCAGCAGAAGAAGGGCGAGGGCUCCCUAGCCAGCCGCAGCAGCCUGCUGGCCUCUGUGGGCAGCCUGGACGCGCACCGGCCGGCGUGCGGCGAGGCCGGCGGCGAGGCAUGCGGCCACGGCGGGCUGCCCGAGGGGGUGGUGAUGGAAGGGGCGGAGUUCCGGGAGCGGGUGCUCAACCCAGAUGGCAGCAUCAACGCAGGCGAGCAGGGCAGGGCCUCGGGGCCUGCGCCCCUCCCCUCCCCACUCCAUGCGACGCCCCUGCGCCGCCCCUGCGGCGGCCCCUAUGAGUUUCUGUCCAUCUGGCCGCGCCUGCGUGUGCUGGCGCGCUGCACGCCCGCCGACAAGUACACAAUCGUGACAGGCGUGCGCAGCCUGACCAAGGACGUGGUGGCGGUGACUGGGGAUGGCACCAACGACGCGCCCGCACUGCGCGCCGCCAACGUCGGCUUUGCCAUGAACGUCGGCACCGACACCGCCAAGGAGGCCGCCGACAUCGUGCUGCUGGACAACAAUUUCGCCUCCAUCGUGUCCGCGGUGCUGUGGGGGCGCAACGUGUACGCCAACAUCACCCGCUUCCUGCAGUUCCAGCUCACCAUCAACCUGGUCGCCGUGGCCACGGCUGUGACGGGGGCGGUGGUGGCGGCUGAGUCGCCGCUGACCGCGAUGCUGUGGGUCAACAUGAUCAUGGACUCUUUGGCCAGCCUGGCACUAGCCACAGAGCCCCCAGACCCCCGCAUCCUCUCCAUCCCUCCUUUCUCCCAGGAGCACGAAUUUGUCGACCCCGCCACCCCCACAGUGAAGCACAUUGCGGGGCAGGCCGCCUACCAGCUUGCCGUCAUGUACGGCCUCAUCUUCUACGCCCCUGCCCUGCUGGGCAUUCCCGACCACGCCGCCGUCGUAGGUCCCUCAGAGCACUACACCCUCGUGUUCAACACCUUUGUAUUCAUGCAGGCGCGCAAGCUCUUCAACCAGAUGAAUGCGCGCAAGAUUCUGGACAGCUCGCAGGCCUGGGAGGGGCUGGGCAGCGCGCGCUGGUUUCAGUGGAUCCUGGGCUCCGAGCUGCUGCUGCAGAUCCUCAUCGUCCAGUUUGGCGGCCAGUGGUUCAACACCCACCCGCUGGAUGCCCGGGAGUGGGGGGUGUGCGUGGGGCUCGGGGCCACCACGCUGCUGCUCCGCGAGAUCCUGCGCCGCCUGCCCUACGGAAGACGGUCAGAGUAUGGCACUUAGCUCGCCGCCCUGGCUGGCAUGCCGCUGCCGUGGAUGUCGCCAGCCAGCUGCCCAGGCCCACCUAAGCUGCGCCCACCUAGCCCACCAAAUGUUUUUGUCGCACGACAAUGCUGCAAUUUCUCCACGAGCUCACUGUCUCUUUCGCCCAUCUUCCCUCCCGACACCCCCGUGCCGUGCCGCCUUCUGCUAUACAGGUGGUGGUUUGCCCUCAAAUGAUUAUCUGCAUGGGUUGCUUUGGGCACAGCGUAUGCCCCUGCUCAACAGCGUCUGGAUCGGCAGCCCCAAUUGCAAUGCGUGGAGGCCACCAACGCCGAGCCUGUGUCUUUGAAUUGCAUGUUUCUGUACUGCUCGUUUUUGGUUUUGCUGCACAUCCCAGUUGUUUGGCCAGUUUUGCCCUCUUGCUCCUUGGCGCCUCCAGCCACCUACUAUGCCCGUAUUUUACCACCAGCGCAGGCUAGGCUGUUUUCCCGCCCUGCAUUCGCCUCGCUCACGCUAUGAAAUGAACGCCUCUCCUGCCACGUGCAAUGCUUCUCCAACCAGCCAUCUCCUCUCAUUCGAUGCAUCAAAACUCAACCCUUCUCAGUAAACACCUUGCGUCA